AUGGGUGAUGAGACAGUUUGGAUAGAGGCAGGGAUUGCCGAGGGGGUCAGAAGAGUAUUCAAGGGUGGUUCGGGAGAGAUUUUAGUGGGGGCCAAUCCAGCGGAGCCGAUACCAUCCUUUGAGGAGGACAAGAGACAACGACAGAGGAGGAGAGGAGAGCAAGAAGUAGGAGGAGGAGAUGAUGGUGCUGGUGGAGGAGGAGAUGGAGGUGGGGGAGGUAGAUUUGGGGGUGGUCGUGGAUUUGGUGGAGGAGGUGGUGCAGGGGGUAGUGGUGGAGCAGGGAGUAGUGGUGGAGCAGUUGGUGAUGGUGGUGCAACAUCUGGCCAGAGUGCCAUUUGA